AGCGGUUCUGGCGAGUGAUAUGUGUGCAAUUCGCUGGCAGCGAUGGCUGGUGGCAUGCUCGUUGAGGACCACGACGAUGCAGUUGAGGUUGUGGAGGAGGUAACGAGCUUCAGCUUUGAGAUCCCGGACGGCGUCAAAGCCGGUGUCACGCUGAAGGUGACCGCCCCGGACGGCGUGACUCUCCACAUUCCUUUGCCCCAGAAUAUCUUGAAGGGCGACAAGAUGGUCAUGGUGAAGUCCUUGGAAGGCAAAUGGGGCAUCAAGCACGUUGUGCGGGCAGACGCCGCGACCGUUGUGGCGAGCCCUCAGAGUCGCAUCAAGUCGCGGGAAGACGUCGCAAGGGACCUCAGUCAGCCUCACGUGUGUAAUGUGCAUCUUAGAACAACGAAAGGCAUCAUCAAGCUGAGGGUGGUGCCAAACUGGGCACCAAAGGGUGCCCAGCGGUUCCUACAGCUGGUCACGGACAAGUACUACACAGACCUCCCGGUAUACCGGGCUGUAGAUACCUUCUUGGUGCAGUUUGGCAUCACUGGGGACCCUGACCGAAGCGAGAAGUAUGAGGCCAUUGAAGAUGAUGAGCUCCGGGGCAUUCCAAUUUUGGAAGGCAUGGUGUGCUUUGCAGCUGCUGCUGCGAACAGCCGACAAGCCACGGUGUGCCUCUUCUUGAGUGACUUCCCGCAACUGGGCAAGAACAGCUGGGAGACACCAUUUGCCAGGGUAUCCGAGGAGUCGUUCCCUGUGCUGCGCAGCAUCUUCACUGGCUAUGGGGACAUGCCUCAGUGUGGCGGCACUGGCCCUGACCCAAUUCAAUUGCAGGAUAGGGGGAACUCUUACAUCACGGAGUGCUUCCCAGAGUGUGAUUUUGUGGAGUCUGCUGAAUGGGUGCAGUGAGGCUUCAUGUUUUGGUGUACAUACCUAGCAUCAGAUCCGGGUCGGCGUCGCAAAGCGCGCGCCCUUGAAAGAAAUUCAGCCUGAGAGCUCCCGGGCAAGGCAACUACCCCCCUUUGUUCGGGA